CUGCGCGCUGGAAGUAGGUGGCGGGACUGCACAGGCGUCGGCAUGGCGGAGGUGGACCUAGAGUCAGAUCAGAUUCGACUGAAGUGUAUCCGUAAGGAGGGUUUCUUCACUGUGCCUCCAGAACACAGGCUUGGAAGAUGCCGGAGCGUUAAGGAGUUUGAGAAGCUGAACCGAAUUGGCGAGGGCACCUAUGGCAUCGUGUAUCGGGCCCGGGAUACCCAGACAGAUGAGAUUGUUGCCCUGAAGAAGGUGCGGAUGGACAAAGAAAAAGAUGGCAUCCCCAUCAGCAGCCUGCGUGAGAUCACAUUGCUCUUGCGUCUCCGCCAUCCAAACAUUGUGGAACUGAAGGAGGUGGUUGUGGGCAACCACCUGGAGAGCAUCUUCCUGGUGAUGGGUUACUGUGAACAAGAUCUGGCCAGCCUGUUGGAAAAUAUGCCAACACCCUUCUCUGAGGCCCAGGUUAAAUGCAUCAUGCUACAGGUGCUUCGUGGCCUUCAGUACCUGCACAGGAACUUCAUCAUCCACAGGGACCUGAAGGUGUCCAACUUGCUCAUGACAGAUAAGGGCUGUGUAAAGACAGCGGAUUUUGGCCUGGCUCGGGCCUAUGGUGUUCCAGUAAAGCCAAUGACUCCUAAGGUUGUUACCCUCUGGUACCGAGCCCCAGAGCUGCUGCUUGGAACUACUACCCAGACUACCAGCAUUGACAUGUGGGCUGUUGGCUGCAUCCUGGCAGAGCUGCUGGCCCAUAAACCCCUUCUCCCUGGCACUUCCGAGAUCCACCAGAUUGACUUGAUUGUACAGCUGCUGGGGACACCGAGUGAGAAUAUCUGGCCGGGUUUUUCCAAGCUGCCGCUGGCUGGCCAGUACAGCUUGAGGAAACAGCCCUACAACAAUCUCAAGCACAAGUUCCCAUGGCUCUCAGAGGCCGGACUUCGUCUGCUCAAUUUCCUCUUCAUGUAUGACCCUAAGAAAAGGGCAACCGCGGGGGACUGUCUGGAGAGCUCCUACUUCAAAGAGAAGCCCCUACCCUGCGAACCGGAACUCAUGCCCACCUUCCCCCACCACCGCAAUAAGCGUGCUGCCCCAGCUGCCACCGAGGGGCAGAGCAAACGAUGCAAGCCCUGAUGGUGGACCAGCCCAUCCCUACACAUCCUCAUGGAUCAGUCGGCGGACUGGGAGGGCCCUCCAGGCCAAGACGCCUUUGGCCCCUCCAGCUAACAUCUUCAGAUGACUCCUCCCUGCUACCCUCUGUGCCCAGAUGCAAGUAGAUUAUGGACAGGGAUGUUGCUGAGUGGGGACACACAGCUUAGACUGGACUGCUGUAGCGCCAUCUGGUGGGCAGCUACUCCUGGCAGCCUUGUCUGACAGUGAAGCUGUGCUUCUGGGGAGGCAGGGCUAGUGCUGAGAGCCCUAAAGGUCCACAUCAGUGUAGUGCUGGAACUGGAGCUAGGCAUGAGCCUGGAGUGAGCAGGCCCAGGAGACCGUGCUGUUCCUGCACAGUCACUAGGAGCUGCCCGGGACAGACAGGCUGUAGUGACCCUGGGCAGGGAUGGUGGGCUUCAGGUGGGAGGGAGGGAGGAAGUGUUGGUUGGGGCCAUGAUAGGAUGCUUUUAAAGACUAUCAGAAUGAGAGCCCUUGGCAGAUAUGGUUGGCACUGAUACCCAGGGAAAGAAUUGGUGUGCUCCUUUUCCAGGGGUGGAGAGAUAAAAAGCCUUUCCAGUAGACAGUUUCACAAUCCUUUAAUAUUCUCUGGGGUUUUGAUCCAUGCAACAUGGACAGUGUCUUUUGAGGGGCUGGGAGCGGGGAAAGGAACAGGCAUGGCCAAGGGGGUACCAGGAAAGGAAGUGUUGCAGGCCAGCAAUCGCUGUACCUGGGCCUCCAUGUGGUUGAUGAAAACCCAGGCCUUCAUAAUCACUAGCCUGUGGAUUACUGGUUUAGGGGCCCUGGGCUACCCCAAGGGAAAAGAGGGUGUAACUCUGAUCUUCCUGAUUAUCUGUGUGCCUUCAAGGAGUUACAUGGGGCAGUGAGCUGCUUUUUGGCAGUAGCCCAAGGGGUGACCUGUAUAUGCUCACCCCCUCUUUGGCUGGUAGGCAGCUGGUUGUUGAGAACCAUUUCUUCAGGAUUUCAGGGCUAACAGCUCCUCUCUCUGCCUGUUUUUGGCAGGGUUCCUUACUAGCAGCAGGGGUUAGCAAGGUGCUCCACAGUUAAGUGGGCUGGGCUCUGUCAGACCCUCUCACGUGGUCCCAAAUCUAGUCCAGGUGCCUGCAGGCUCUUGAGCAAGCCCCUGGGUGAAGAUCUCUCGGCACAUGGAGAGAGGGACAUAGCCUGAACCAUGACUGCAGGGAGCAGGUAGGGAGCUUCAGACAGCUCAAAGGGUGGGGUCCUUCCUGGAGUGAGUUUGGGUACUGUACCAUGGACAACCUGGACUUCUUUACCCAACACAUCUGAGCAUAAAGAUGGGAGGGACAUGAGGGAAGGACCUUGUUGAUCCAUCAUGGGGCCUGCUGUAGACAGGACUGAGACAUGGGCCUGUCAGGGAGGAGGGCGGGAGCCCAGGCGAGAGCACUCCAUGAAGGCCCUCCCUCUUCCCACUGUAGGUUCUGGACUCCCCUGGGGAAUAGGAGGGCCAGGCAGCCAGUGGCCUAGGCCCUUUCCCAAAAGAAGCACCAUGGAAACUGUCUCCCCAGACUCUUGUCUUGGGGGUCCACUGGGCCUAGGGAUGGGCUCCAGGACUGUCAUAGAUCAGGGUAUCCACCUGUGCUUGUUGCAGCCCACAGGCGUCUCUGGUUGUCACCAAGAAGUAUGCGCAGGGAAUGACUUGGGCGGCAGGCUGAUAGGGCAGUGCAGUGGGUAGCGUGUAACUGGUGGCAAGUGUCACAGCAGAGGGUGGGCAGGUUACCAGGGCUCAAGCAGCUGUGUGCCUGGUAGCCCAGAGGCUCCACAACAGGCCCAUAGCCUGAGGCUGGUGUUCCUUCUGCCUGCCUGUGACGGGGACUGGCCUGCCCAGAGCUCCCAGGGGCUUCAGGGGUAGCUAAGUCCCCUGACCGACUCAGCUCACGGCGCAGAGAGAGGAAGGAGAAAGCAGAGGGUUCUGGCUCCAGCUCCUCUUCCAGAGCCCCAUAUGGUGGGCUGCUGGCUCGAUGUAGAUCAUCAGCUGGGGGUUCCCAGGGCUGGCCCCCAGAACCCCAUAGUUUGGCACUCUGCUCCCAGAGUGGUGGCCUAUAUGCCAGUUCCACAGGGGGUGAGUCCAGCCCUGGAGAGGGCUCACCAUAUAGACUGGCCUCUGAGCUCUCAUCCUCCUGCAGGUCCUGAUACAGGUCCACGGGGGGCCCAUAAGCAGCAGGUGUGCCCCGGGGGGGCAAGGGUGGUGGCUCCUCGUCCUGGGCCAGUCUCUGUUGCAGCCAGGCCACACAGGAGGCAACAUCCCCACUAGCCCGUCGUGCUCGGAGCAGCUCCUCAGCUGGCAGCACACUUGUGCCCAGCUGGGUCAGCACCUCACUUAGGAUCUCACACUCCAGCCGAAGAGCAAAGCAGCCUAGGGCCACCUGAAUCAGCUGGCAGGCAGGGGGUGGGGUGGUCACCAUUAGGCGGUGGUUGUCCCUGCGCACGUAGCCCAUCUUCUGGAAGCUUCGGGUCAGGAGCUCCUCAGAGAGUACGCCCUUCAGCACAUGCACAUAGCCCCCUGAGAAGGUCUGCAAGGAAGGGUCCUGGUCAGGAAUGCUCUUCCAUGGAGGUUCUUGGGCGCAGCCUAUGUGGACAAGCCUAUUGCCUUGACCUAGGUCCAUUUCUGAAGUUGUGUUCACCCCAGAGAUUGUUUUCAUCUGUCUGGAGUGAGCCUGGAUCUUUUUACCCCUAGGGGAGAACCUAAAGCCUUAUCUAUGCUAAACAAGCACUGUGCCACUGAGCCAUAUCCCUCAGCCCUUUAGGGCCCCCACUGUGUAGC